AUGCUUCUCUCCAGCCUCGCGCUGUUUGCCGCGACCGCGAGCGCGGCCCACGGCCCGACGAACCGCCACCGCCAUCUCGCCCGUCAGGCGUCGGCGGCUGCGGGCUCGUCGGCGAGCGACGUUGGGCAGUCGACAACCAUCAGCUUCCUGGACGGCGAUGCGGUUCCGGGCGGCUUCGUCGAGAAGGGCGACUCGGGCGUGUCGGCCCAGAUGAUGUUCCUCGGUACCAAGAAUACGGUGUACAUUCUUGACAAGGCCGAGAACAACUCGCUCCAGAUCGGCGGACACCCCGCCUGGGGAACCAAGUACGACCUGAAGAGCCACGAGGCUACGCCCAUGGCCGUCACGUCCAACACGUUCUGCGCCGGUGGUCUGCACGUCGCCAACGGAUCCUGGGCCGUGUUUGGAGGAAACCAGCCCGUCACCCAUGGAGGCGUCGCCGUUAACGACAAGGUCCAGAACCCCACCGGCGUCAACCCCUACCUCAACACUGAUGGAGGUGAGGCCGUCCGCGUCAUCACGCCGUGCGACGACGGCAGCUGCGAGUGGGCCGAGAACGGACCCGACCUUACCAUGACGGGCAAGCGUUGGUACCCGACCGUCGAGGGUCUCGCCGACGGAUCCGUCAUUGUCAUCGGCGGUGACUUCAACGGUGGCUACGUCGCCGUCAAGGAGCAGAACAACCCGACGUACGAGUACUGGCCGAAGCGGUCGUCGGGUUCGAUCCCCAUGAAGUUCCUCGAGGACACGCUUCCCCUCUGCCUCUUCCCCCUGACGUGGCUCCUUCCGAGCGGCAAGCUCUUCCUGCAGGCUGCCAAGAAGACGAUUCUGUACGACAUGGACACCCGCCAGGAGAUUCCCCUCCCGGACAUGCCGUACGCCUCGCGCGUGUACCCCGCCUCUGCUGCCGCCGCCAUGCUCCCUCUGACGCCGGCCAACAACUACACUGUCGAGCUCGUCUUUUGUGGUGGCUCCGACGCCGACUUCCGCAACUCGACCGACGGCAACCCCGGCUACAACGUUACUGCUGUUCCCGCCGACAACACCUGCGUGCGCAUCCGCCCCGACGACCCUAGCCCCCAGUACGAGGACGACGACCACCUCCCUGAGGGCCGCAGCAUGGGUUCGCUCGUGUACCUCCCCGACGGCACCAUGUGGCUCGGCAACGGUGUCAAGAUGGGCACUGCUGGCUACUCUGACCGCAACUACUCUGUCGGCAUGUCGCUCGGCCAGAACCCGAUCUACACUCCUGUUGUCUACAACCCGAACGCGCCUUCUGGCAGGCGCUUCAACCGCGACGGUCUCGGCACCUCGACUCAGGAGCGCAUGUACCACUCGACUGCUAUUCUUUUGUCUGACGGCUCGGUUCUCAUCUCCGGCUCGAACCCGAACCCGGAUGUGACCAUGUCGCUGUGGCCGACCAAGUACAGCGUCGAGAAGUGGUACCCUUCGUGGUACAAUGAGCCUCGCCCUGUCGUCAGCGCCUUCCCUGAGUCGCUGUCGUACGGUGGCGACGCGUGGUCGCUGACCUACAACGACGCGUCCGCCGACCCGGCGACGAUCAAGGUCGUCCUCAUCCGCACCGGCUUCAGCACGCACGGCAUGAACUUUGGCCAGCGCUACCUCGAGCUCGCGACGUCGACGACGGUGGACAAGGACAAGAACCAGAUCAAGGUGCACGUGUCGCAGCUGCCGCCCAACCCGAACCUCUUCACGCCCGGCCCAGCCAUGAUCUUCUUCGUCGUCAACGGCGUCCCGUCCGAGGGCGAGAUGGUCCUGAUCGGCAAUGGGCAGAUUGGCAAGCAGCCCGUUGGCCCCGCCACGGUCCUCCCCCAGCCCGAGGUGAUUGAGAAGGCCAAGCCGUCUCCCUCCCCCUCUCCCUCGCCCAAGGCUACGCCCUCCGCCAAGCUGAUCGUCGAGGAGGAGUCCCCCGCCGUCAAGGAGGCGGGCAACAAGCCCCAAGUCGCGGUCGCGGACCCGAACAAGGCCGCCGUCAAGAGCGGCGCGGGCAACCUCUCAUCGCCCAUCCUUUUCCUCGCGCUGGCCGUCCUCGGCUGCGUGCAAUGGUUCUAA